AUGGGAGGGAAAAUUGAAAUAGAUGGGUUGGCUUCACUGAAGAUCCUUCGAUUAGUAUCCACAGGUAUUUCUGGCUUCCCCGACGCAAUCGAUAAGCUCUCUCGUCUUGAGAAACUUGAUUUGCACGAGUGCAAGAUUUUGCAAUUGCUCGCACAAAGCUUCAGUAAGCUGCCUUCUCUGCAACACUUCGAUCUAAUAAGUUGUGACAAACUUCAGUCGCUGCCAGAGCUUCCUGCAUGUUUAAUUGCUUUGGGAGUCACUUGUCUGCAUCGCACAUUGCCUCAACUUUCUCAUCUAAUCCUCCUAAAAAGGCUCGGCGUCGUGGGUUGCCGAUCGCUGGAAUCCAUGCUGGAGCUUCCCUCAGGAAUAUUGGAGCUUUUUGUCCAAGAUUGUGAUGAGUUGAAAGAGUUACCGAGUUUGUCAAAUUUGGAAUUCUUAACAAAAUUAACUAUUGAUUCGUGCAGCGAGCUGACAGAAAUCAAGGGUCCUGAAGCAUUAAAAUACUUAGCACAAUUAACUGUAUCAAGAUGCGGGAAGUUGUCCAACCUCUACGGCCUUGAACAUCUAGAGUCUUUGAGAUCCUUGUGGUUGAGAAUGUUCUCUAAGUCAGAUGAUGCUCUUUGUCCUGUGGCGGAUGAUACAGUUCAAGUUCGAGGCCUUAACAAACUGAAAAACUUGGAAGAGCUGCGGUUAGGGGACUGUCAGUCCCUUGUAAGACCGGACCUUUCGCAAUUAACACGUCUGAAGCAAUUAAGCAUUUGCGAAUGCCAGAAUCUAGUCGAAGUUAAAGGCCUUGAAAGAUUGAAAAACUUGGAAAAAUUGGAUAUGGAGGGGUGUAGUUCCAUUGAAGCAUUACCAGACCUCUCGGGCUUCGAUAACCUUAAAGAUUUGAACAUUAAAGGGUGCUGCAAGCUCUGUGAUGUUCAGGGACUGCAGAAAGUCGCGAAGGUGGAAAAAUGA